AGUGACAGCGCCACAAUGGCGCCGCACGUGACAAACCUGACAAAUGACAAACAGUGUCACUUGAAGCUCCAAUUUUGUGGAGCCUACGAAGAAUUACUUUACAUAUUCGCAUCAUCAUGGCUUUCUACUGUACUGGCAGAUUGGGUGCCAAAUCCAUGAUAAGUAACUUGAACAGAUUGCCCAGUUUACUAGGGACGGCUCAGUACGCCCAGGCGGCUUCGGUACCGAAGAUUUCUUUUAAAAAGUUUGAGCCGUUGAAUGUUGAGCAUCAUGAUAUCAGAAACGAGCGUCUGAAAAGACCGCUAUCGCCGCAUUUGACUAUUUACUCUUUUCCGCUACCUGCCAUGUUGUCUAUUACUCAUCGAGCUACAGGUAUCAUGCUGUCAGGCUAUGCUACUGUACUAGGUGUGGGAGCGUUAGCCCUUCCCCAUGAUGUAUCCCACUACAUCACCAUGAUUGAAGGGCUCAACUUGUCUCCGGCAACUCUUUUCCUGGCAAAGUCUGUAAUCGCAGCACCUUUUGCUUACCACUUCGCCAAUGGAUUGCGGCAUCUGUACUGGGACACUGCUAAGGGGUUGUCUAUAAAGGAGGUUUACACAUCUGGCUACGCUGUUUUGGCCAUGGCAACAAUUAUCACUCUUAUUUUAGCAGCUUUAUAAAUUUCAAUUUUUAUUUCAUCUAGAGAUGUAGUCUGAAAACCCACCUUUUUUUUUAAUUUAUUUUUAGAACAGCAAACAAUGAGACAUAAUA